AUGGCCCCUCCUCAUCCUUUGGCACCCCUUUCCGAGGGCGAAUUCAAGCAGGCACGUGACAUCGUGACCAGACUGUACAACAACGACGUCACUUUCUAUUUUCGCUCUGUCUAUCUCCAAGAGCCAAAGAAGGCCGAGUUGAUUCCCUUCCUCCAGGCCGAGCACGCGGGGCAAGUUACAGACAGCACUUCCCGGCCUCCACGGCGCGCGAGGGUCCAGUACGAUGUUGUUGGGAAAAGUAAACUGCCUGAGUAUACUCAGUCCGUGGUUGAUCUCGACUCCGGUUCCGAAAUCGAACGUGUAGUGACGCCUCCUCAGUACAAGACUGGCUACACGCCGUACGAGUUCUCCACCUUCCAAGAUGCUUGUAUGGAGUCCCAGGAAUUCAAGGACGCCAUGUCCGAGUUCUCCCUCCCAGAGAACUUUGCCGUCACCAUCGAUCCGUGGCCUUACGGCGGCCCGGAAUCUACAGAUGGGGAGAUCCCACGUUACAUGCAUGGUCUUGUUUUCGCGCGGGAUACGUCCAAGAACAAUGCCAAUUCGAACCACUAUGGGUAUCCGAUCCCAAUCAUUCCGGUAAUGGACUUUGCCGCCAAAAAGAUUAUUCGGGUAGAGCGUCUGGCUACAGGGGGCAAGGGCGACGGCCUCUUCCCGCAGACCCGUGAUUCCAAGCCAAGGGCGUUGUUUAAGGAGCAUACAGCGUCUGAGUACGUGCCAGAGCUGUUAGACGGAAGGCAGAGAGAGGAUCUCAAACCGAUCAACAUUACACAGCCCGAGGGCGCCAGCUUCCGUAUCCACAGCGAUAAUCUCGUGGAGUGGCAGAAAUGGCGCUUCAGACUCACAUUUACACCUCGGGAGGGGCCCGUCCUGCACGAUCUUUGCUACGAGGGGAGGUCCAUCUUUUUCAGGUUGAGCUACAGUGAGCUUACCGUUCCUUACGGGGACCCUCGCCCACCGUUUCAGCGGAAGCAGGCGUUUGAUAUGGGUGACGGCGGUUUCGGACGGGCUGCGAAUAACUUGGAGCUCGGGUGUGACUGUCUUGGUGCGAUUCACUACUUCGACGCCCACCUGCCUGAUUCGGAGGGAAAUCCUACGGUCGCGAAGAGUGUAGUGUGCUUGCACGAGCAGGAUAACGGUAUCGGAUGGAAACACACAAAUUUCCGUACGAACCGGGCCGUGGUCACAAGACUAAGAGAGCUGGUGAUACAAUGUGUAGUCACGUUGGCGAAUUACGAGUAUGUCCUCGCUUACAAGCUGGACACGGCCGGCGGUAUCACGAUCGAAACACGCGCUACGGGUAUCAUGAGUGUCGUUGCAAUUGACGAGGGGAAGAAGGAGAGCGAGUACGGUGUUGUCGUCGCGCCCGGGGUGCUAGCGCAAAAUCACCAGCAUAUAUUUGCAGUGCGGAUCGAUCCAGCCAUUGACUCAUACGGUGAAGGAGAUACGAGUGUCGUGGUGGAGGAGAGUCUUCCGGUGCGAAUGGACAAGGAAAAGAACCCACACGGCAACUUUUACGAGGUCCGUAAACGGGCGGUUGAUAAGGCGUGCUGGAUCGAUGCCGAUCCCAAGCUUAAUCGUGUCAUCAAGAUCCAAAACAGGACAAAGAAGAACGAGAUGUCGGGCCGCAAUGUGGGUUUCAAACUUACACCCUCGCCUACGCAGGUCAUUCUCGCGGAUGAAGAGAGCCAAGUUUCCAAGAGAGCCAAGUUCGCGAGGCAUCAUGUGUGGGUGACAGGCUAUCGGGACGAUGAGUUCUGGGCCGGGGGUGAGUUCACGAACCAGAGCACGGAGGAGGUUGGCGGCGUUUGGGACAUGGUUCAGCGGGGAGAUUGGUUUGACGGGGAAGCCAAUGGUGAGAAUGGCGCGGGCAACCAAGGAGGGAAAAAGAGCAGUCCUGUCAUUUGGAGCGUAUUUGGGCUGACACACAACCCGCGAGUGGAGGAUUGGCCCGUCAUGCCAGUCGAGAUCCACCAUCUCAACAUCCGACCUUCGGACUUUUUCACUUCAAACCCGGCGCUCGACAUGCCUGGGACGAAGAACAAGAGUAGCGUCCUUGUACCAUGCUGCGGACGGGAGAAGAACGGCGCCGCGAGCGUAGCGGGGGAUGGGGAAGUGCAGGGGGCGGCUUUGACGCAUUUUCAAGGGCCCGGACCCGACGUUGAUGCUAAAGUGGCGGGGGCGCAUACAGAGAGACGGGGUUGA